AUGGAGGGAUGGAGAAUGUUGAGUGUAUGGAUGGAAUCGAUGAUGAAUGGUUUGCAAAAAAGGAGAGUUAUGAAUGGUUUGCAAAAAAGGAGAGGACUUGAGAGAGAGAGAGAAAGAGAGAGAGGGAAAAAACUUUUCGCUGGCGCUGCAAAGAGGAGGCUGGCUUUUUGUGUUGACUUGGGAAGGGAAAAGGAGAAUUACUCUACUCAUCCGGAUCUUAUCCUUUCAACUGGAGAACCUAAACCAAUAUAUCGAUGGAUCAAUAAUUUAAAUUGGAAGUGUGAUGCUAUUCCUGCUACUUGCAAUCCAUUGAGAGAUUUCCUUGAUUUAGUUUCAGCAAAUGAAAAUGAGCAGUUGAGCUUACGAGAGAAAUUUCAGGCUCAGCCUCAGGCUUCAAGAAGAUUAGGAGCAAAAAAGAUAAAAAUUUGA